AUGUCAGAAAAAUCCACUAGUCGUCACUCUCCUGGCUUGGUUGAAUUGGAAAGUCAAGCUACUUUUACGACCCGGGGCACCGUUGAGCCGCCGCCUCCUGAACCCAAGCAGACGCCAUGGAAAAGAUUCGUAGAUGGGUUCCGGCGAUUCGACGUUGAAGAUUUGGGGCUCGACCCAAAUAUGUCUGAAAUCGAGAAGGCUGCUAUUGCAACUGCAAACCUGCCUUUGUGCCGAAGUUUGAAGGGCAGACAUUUACAAAUGAUAGCAAUCGGAGGUGCGAUUGGAACCGGUUUGUUCAUAGGUUCUGGUACAGUUUUGCAAAGCGGAGGACCAGCGUCUGUGCUAAUAGCGUACUCCAUCGUAGGCUCCAUGAUCUAUAGUACCAUCCAGGCACUAGGCGAGUUGGCUGUAGUCUUCCCCGUGGCGGGCGCAUUCGUAACAUACAACACCCGGUUUAUUGAUCCUUCGUGGGGAUUUGCUAUGGCCUGGAAUUACGCCAUGCAGUGGUUGGUGACGAUGCCGUUGGAACUACUGGCAGCUGCAAUCACCAUCCAGUACUGGGACAAAAACUCCAACCCCGCUGCGUUCUGUGCCAUUUUCUAUGUGCUCAUUAUCUUCAUCAACUUGUUUGGUGUCAAGGGCUACGGUGAAGCAGAGUUCGUGUUUUCCUUGCUCAAAGUACUAGCCGUGGUGGGAUUCAUAAUAUUAGGUGUAAUCUUAGUGUGCGGAGGAGGCCCAAAUGGUGGAUACAUCGGAGGAAAGUAUUGGCGCGAUCCCGGAGCGUUUAAUAAUGGAUUCAAGGGGACCUGUGCCGUGUUUGUAACAGCCAUGUUUUCAUUCGGUGGAACAGAACUCGUAGGUUUGGCUGCAGCAGAGUCCGCCAACCCAAGAAAAUCAAUGCCAAAAGCAGUCAAGCAAGUGUUUUGGAGAAUUACUUUAUUUUAUAUUGUCUCGCUUACAUUGGUCGGGUUGUUGGUUCCAUACACUGAUCCCCAGCUUGGAAACAAUGAUGGCACUGCACGCUCCUCGCCAUUUGUGAUAGCCAUAAACAAUGCUGGAAUAUCUGGGCUUCCUUCUGUUAUGAACGCCGUCAUCAUGAUAUCAGUCUUGUCGGUGGGUAACUCGUCCGUGUACGGGUCGUCUCGUACAUUAGCUGCAUUGGGAGCUGCUGGUCAAGCACCCAAAUUCUUCAGCUAUAUUGAUCGUAAGGGACGCCCUGUCUUUGGUCUUCUUGUUCAGGCGAUUUUCGGACUAAUUUGCUUCACUUCCGUUUCCGACCAAGAGGAUGUCGCGUUUCAAUGGUUGCUUGCACUCUCGGGGCUGUCAUAUCUCUUUACCUGGGCAUCAAUAUGUCUCUGCCAUAUUCGCUUCAGAUAUGCGCUUGAUGCGCAUGGCCGUGGAGUCGACGAGCUUGUUUAUACCUCUCAAGCAGGUAUCUGGGGCUCUUACUAUGGACUUAUCAUGAACUUUGUAGUUCUUGCUACACAGAUUUGGAUUGCAGCGGUACCAAUAGGAGCUAAACCUAAUGCUGCCAUUUUCUUCCAAUCUUGUUUAUCUAUUCCAAUCAUCCUUUGUUCGUAUCUUGGACACAAGAUAUGGAAGAAAAACUGGAUUCUAUACAUCCGAGCCAAGGACAUUGACGUUGACACCGGUCGCAGAGAUAUCGAUAUCGACGUCGUGAAACAGGAAGUUGCUGAGGAACUUGCUAUCUUAAAGGGUCUACCCUUUUAUCGUCGUGUCUAUCAUUUUUUCUGUUGA